CGAAUAAUCAUUAAAAUCGCAUUUGGCUGUGCAGAGUUCCAAUGAAUAUAAACAUUUUUUCUAAUUUUAACGUAGAACACAGUCCUUCAUACAGAAGAGAGUCUAAUCUAUUGUUCAAACACUGCUUCUUGGCAAGCAAUUGAGUAUAAUUUAAUUUUUCAAAACUGUUAAAUCCCACACUCGAAUAACUGGUCCAGCAUGAGUGAAGCUCUGAGAAAUCGUCAAGAGCGUCUUCGUCAAAAGUCCGCCCAAGCGACUGUGUUGGAGUCUUUCGGCGGUGGUGGAAUGAGAGCCUCCUCGGAUGACCCGAAAGACAAAGUGAAAGCAGAAAGUGACGUAGAUGGAAUGAUUGUGCAGGAAGAGGAGGAAUUCGUCCAGGCACAUCCCGACUCAGAUUCAGGGGCACUGCACAGCACCCCUCCAGGGUCCUCGGAGCUGAAUGGGGAUGCAAAAAACGAAGGCACAGACAGUGUCACGGAAUCCGAGCAAACCGAGGAAUCCCUGAAGAGUAUGUCCAAACAGCAGGCAGAGCAGGAGCACCAAGGACAUUACACGUGUUGGAACUGCAACGAAAGCCUCAGUGGCCAGCGCUACAUUAUCCGGGAUGAGAACUCGUACUGCAUAAAGUGUUAUGAGGAGCUAUUCGCCAACACUUGCGAAGCUUGUGGCCAGAAAAUCGGCACAGACUCGAAGGAUUUGUCGUACAAGGAUAAACAUUGGCACGAGAGAUGUUUCAAGUGUUCGAACUGUGACGUCUCGCUAGUGGACCGACUGUUCGGGUCCCGCAAUGACGCCCUCUUCUGUGAUAACUGCUACGACGAGAAGUUCGGUGCCAAGUGCGACGGAUGCGGUGCUGUGUUCAAAGCAGGAAUGAAGAAGCUGGAGUGGAAUGGACAGCAGUGGCAUGAGGAGUGCUUCAAGUGCACCAACUGCAGCACAGUCAUCGGCUGCAACAGCUUCAUGCCCAAGGACAACCAGCCCUACUGCAUACAGUGCUUCAACGACCUAUUUGCACCCAAGUGCAAGGCAUGUGCUCAGCCCAUCAUGACCGGAGGAGUGCUCUACAGGAACGAGCCCUACCAUCGCGACUGCUUCGGAUGCACUAACUGCAAGAACAAUCUCGUCGGCCAGAAGUUCACCUCACGCGACAACAAGCCCUACUGCGCCGACUGCUUUGGCGAACUGUUUGCCAAGCGUUGCACGGCAUGUAACAAACCGAUCACAGGCAUUGGCGGUACGAAGUUUAUUUCGUUCGAUGGACGCCACUGGCACAACGAGUGCUUCAACUGUGACGGACCCAACUGCGGGGAGAAUCUGGUGGGCAAAGGCUUCAUCACAGACCAGCAGGAGAUACUCUGUCCCAACUGUGCCAAACUGCCCUACACUAAGAGGGAGGAGCUAAGACAACAGGCCAUACAGUCAUGAUGGGCCAUACAUACAUUACACCAUACUACACCACAACAUACUAAACAGAAGAAAACAGAAACUAGAACAGGCCAGCUAUAUGUAGUCAUUUAUCCUCUCAUUCACGAACAACACAACCUGAAACAGCAUAAUAACAUCACCAACAACUGCACAGGUUGUUCGUUAUUUAAUCGUAUGGGGGACAAAGGUGACUCUUCUGAGUACGGGAUUCAAUUUUCUACCAAAAACUUUAGUUGAAAACGUUUUUCUUUUUGUAAAAAAUAUACACUGGUUCAUGCAAGCGGCCUUUGUCCGAUUAUAACCACAGACAACGUCAAUUAACCUAAUCGGCUCUGAACUAGUUACCAAUAUCAGUUAUUUCCAAGAUGAAAAAAUAAUGCUUGUGGUUAUGAUUUGGCAUGUGAAUUUUUAUGGCAUAGUAUCUGGUUCUCAACUUAUAUUAUGUUAUCUAUGAUUGAUUACAGAUUAGAGGGGAUGAAAAUGUUCGCAAUAACUAUACUAGUGUGUUAAAUGAGUAUAUUUCUUUGUAAAAUGCUUGUUAAGUUUGGCGUUUUUAUAUAAGGCUAGAAGGAUUUGUCAUGACGUUGCGUCUUCACAACAUCAUCAUAUGGCCUAUGACUACUUUCCUUAUCAAGUUUAUUACUUCAUGUAAUUGAUUUAUUGCCAAAUUUGCAAUCAAGAAUUCCGACAAAAAGGUCGGAUUUACAAUUAAUUCAACCAAUUUUCAAACA